GUAACCUAACUCCACGACCUCCCGCCGCCCCACGCCUCCCGCUCCACGCGACUAAGUUACAUGCCAACGGCCCAACCGCACCCCCACCACCACCAAACCUCCACUCCACUCCACUCGAUGCCGACCUUCACCUCCAAAUCCUUCCGCUCGUCCUCCGCGAGUGCUGAGCGAACAAUCGGCGCGCUUUACCGGCGGCACCUCGCGAAGCACCCGUUCCUUCUAUUCGGGCUGCCCUUCAUCGGCACGAUCGUAGCGGGCAGCUUCUUUCUGACGCCCGCGACAGCGCUGCGGUACGAGAAGCACGACCGCAAGGUGCAGCGCAUCUCGCAGGACGAGGCUAUGGGUUUGAGUAAGGACCGCCGCAAGGUCGAUCUUAACGAGGAGUACUACAGACUGGCUACCAAGGAUAUUGAUAACUGGGAGCAGAAGAGGGUGGAGAGGCUCAAGGGCGAGCAUGAUGGCAAACUGUAGGCGGCGGCUUCAGCUGCCACGGGUGUGUACUAUCACCGACAACGACGAAGUAUACAGUAUAAGAUUACCAUUAUUUGCC